UUUUACGCGCAGAGAUCCGUGAGUGCCACGUAUAAAACAUUUAGCAGGAAGUUUGAAAAAGUUGUCCGUUAAAUCUAAAACAUCGAAUGUUUAAUUUCUGGCUGUUUGAUUAGACGCAAAGAUAUCACAGUACACUCUAGACGAUAUGUACAUUUAAGAGAACGCUGUUACGUAACAUCGGACACCGAUGGCGCUCUAUUUGCGGCUUUGGACAAUUUUCCACUUAAGGUCGGGGAAGGACCUUGCCCCCUAUUGGCCGCGCAACGCGAACAGAACUUAAGGGAACGACGAGCCGAUCUAGAAAAAGAAGAAACGACGUCCACCUAGAAAUAGCCGCCUAGUUAACACGUGUCAAGAAUGACUGGGUCCAUGGCCCAGAUCAGAUGCCCUUCCACAAUCUCGUAUAAAAACCUCGGACGAACGCAUCACCCACUUGCAAUCGGUGAUGCUGCAUCGGUACACGACCGUCCACGAAAUUCUCCAACGAGUGUCUCCGCAUCGUUCCACACGAUCUCAUAAUGGUCAUCGAGGACCUCGUCGAUCCCGUUGAAUCUAUCGACUGAUCGACGUCCUGGACCAAGUUGUUCGUCUGCAACCACGCGUGUUAAUGUGCGCGGCUCUGUUCUGUUUUCUAUUUAUCAUCAUCGUGACUGUCAUUGUGCUUCUGCUGUUGUUCAAACCCGUCUACAUCUGGGAGGUCUAUACCGUGGAGUAAACCACGUCGUUUGAUUACAAAGUAGCUUAACAGAUCCAGAAUCGAAAUGACGAAGAUUAUCCGUAUAGCAUUCGCAGCUCUGUGCGUGGUUGCGUUGGCCAACGGUCAGGGUUCGCUGCUAGAGAUGUCUCAGCAACUCUGGAUGAAACUUCUAACGGGUGGAUUUUCAAAGACGGGCAAACUGGACCCGCUGAAGGUACCAGUCAUCAAAGUGGACCAAUCCGAAGACGAUACCAGCUAUAGAAUAAUUUUAAGGAACGUGGAGAUCAGCGGACUGAACGCUUCCACCGUGGAGAGUAUUCACAUCGCCAAAGGUAGACUGAAGUCGAAUCUGAGCGAACUGGAAGCUGGCUACGUGAGCUACAGCGAUCUCAGAGACCUCGACUCCAUCAGGUACAGGUUCCAUAUGCUGGUCAAAGAACCUAAAGGCCAGAACGAAAGCUUCGAAGCCAUAGUCUCGGCCACCAAUCAAAAAAACAAAUUUCAAGCGAGUUCUCCGGAUCAGGAGAGCCGUUUCGAGAGGCUGAGGCAAUACGAUCCAUUCCUGAUGAAGAUCCAAGCCGAGAAAAUGAAAGAUCGAACCGACGGGUCUCAGAGCGAGCGGAACAAGUCCGAGGACUCGAGUUACGGAGGUUUCAGCAUGGAGGGCGCCAGGGUUGUCUCCAGACCAGAGAUGGCUCGAAUUCGCGAUAACUCCAGAUAUCCUUCGGACGUCCAGCCGGUUUACGGGACAAAAGAGUCACCGAACUCGAGAAACUAUCAAUCAAGGGAAAAUUACGAGUCCGGUUCGAGGUCGAACCAGAGGAACUAUCAGCCUCCUUACGACUCGAAUUCCGGAUCAAAUUCCAGGAGCAAUCAGCAGAAGAACUACGAGUCGAAUUCGAGGAACUAUCAGUCUCGUUACGACUCGAAUUCCGAAUCGAGUUCCAGAAAUUAUCAACAGGAGGAUUACGAUCGAGCCAGAACAGACGCUGUUAUCAAAGAAUACGAAAGAAGUAGGAAUGAAAACGAAAGAGAGAACGUCGGUAACCAAAGAAGAGUAAACUUUGGUCGGCAGAGAGCCGAAGAGCGUUACGGAGACGUCGAAACUGCAGCAUCUGAGAACGUAGAGAGCAGCGUGAAGGGUCAGGAUCAACGAAUCAUUCCUGGUUACGGUGGUAGAGGGCAGCAAGGCAGAUUGGAAAAGCAAUCAGGUUACAUAGACAUCGUUUACGCGGAUGCAAACGACAAUGGAAACAUCAAGCGCUUUGGGAACGAGAAGAUCGAAUCGAGAGGAGACGCUAAGGUGUACGGGGUCAAAGAUGUUCCAAAGGACUUUCUCGACAAGAGACGGAUGCUUAGUUACAACUGUACCGAAGGAGAGGCGUUGACGAAGAGAAACGACGCAAUUAAAGCUGCCAUAGAAGCGAAGACCUUGAAAGGCUUGAGUAGAUACGCGAAAGAGUACCAGGAAAAGGAAGGAUAUUUCGAGGAGGGAAUGCAACUGGUGUACCAUUACGGUGGAAUGGAGUCGAAAAAUGCUCAAGGAUCGAGACGGAAACGCGCGCACCAAGAAAAUCACACCGACGACGAUGUGAUGCACGUUAUCAUAAAAAUACGAGUCCCUCUGCUUCGUAUAAAAUCGGAUUACCAGUUGACGGGAAAAGUUGGAAAGGAGUUGGUGAGAGGAACAGGAAAACUCAAUGGCACCUUCGCUGAACUGGUGGGCGACUUCACAGUUGAAUUAAAGAAAACCAACGGCGAAGAUACGUUAAUCGUGCGUGCAGCCAGGAGCAAGCUAAAAGCCAAGCAGCAGAACGUCGAUCUUCAGGGAAUGGACGAAAAGGGACCAGUAAAAUCGAUUCUUAGUCAUGGUUUGAUGGCAGCAGAGGCUGUCGCAGCUAUGCUGGCGGACGAUUUGGCGACCAAGGCUCUAAACGACAAAAUAGCCGACGCGAUGAUCUACAGAAUGUACAAAAAUCUUCCGGUCAAUUAGCCAGGAACCAAGGACGGCCAUGAAACUGGAUUUCUGUGACACGGACCGGACACUCUUUCGAUUUAUCGUAAACUGCUCAAAAUAAUUAGGGAUUCUCUGGACAUAUCUUAUCAAGGAUGCACCUGGAGUGCAGCCCUGUGCCCCGACGAACAAUCUAGGACAAUACAACGAGUGCGUGUUGCAGCAACUAAAAGCAAUCACUCCGUACCUAGCUAAAGGAAUACCGUCCUUGAAACUACCCGCGCUGGAUCCGCU